AGCCACUACAUAAAUAGAAGCAGGAGGCUGUUAGUUUCAGACAAGAAUUAGUUAAGGAUAAAACAAUGGUGAGUGACAGUGUAUCAUCCCCUAAUGUGGUAAUGAUCUCUCCGUCUUCUCCGACUCCUCCACACCUCAGAAACCUCCAGCUUUCCUUCCUCGACCAGCUCUCCCCGCCGAUGUACAUCCACAUCAUUCUCCACUUCGAUUCCUCCCACUCCCAGAUUAAGAUUAACGACGACAACCUCCGACGAUCCCUGUCCGAAGCUUUAGCUGUGUACUAUCCACUCGCCGGCAGACUCCGCGACGGCCUCUCUUCCGUCGACUGCAACGACGCCGGCGCCGAGUACGUCGAAGCUCACUUCCCCGCCUCAAGAAUUUCCGAUGUUAUUCAAACUGCACACCCGGAAGACCUCAGACAGUACGUCCCGGCGGCGCCGUCAGGCGGCGCCGACAUCCCCCUGGCAGUCCAGGUCAGCUUCUUCGCCGGCGGCGGCUUAGCAAUCGGCGUCUGCCUCUCGCAUAGAAUCGCCGACGCCACGUCGAUGGUCAUGUUUAUCAGCACGUGGGCUGCAGCCUGUCGGGCCGACGCCGGCGCGGUUGCGGCCGCUCAGCCCAGCUUCAGCUCCGCCUCCCGUUUCCCGCCGGCGGACUUUUCCAGAUUCUUCCCCUCCGUUGCAGCGCCGCCUCCACCGCCGCCGGCGGAAAAGAUCAUCACGAGGAGAUUUGUUUUCAAUAAAUGGAAAGUCUCGGCCCUGAGACAGGCUGCUUCCGGGCCGCUGAUGGCGUCGCCGGCGACCAGGGUGGAAGCCGUCUCCGCCUUCCUCUGGCGGCACUUCAUAGAAUCGGCGGUGACGUCAAAAGACAAAAAACAGGCGUUCGCUGCCACGCACGCCGUCGACAUACGGCGGCGGGCGAGUCCUCCUCUGCCACGUCACUACUUCGGAAACGCCUGCGCGAGGGCAAUGGCGGUGACCGAGUCGCCGGCGAGUGAGUUCGGCGGUUACUACGAGUUAGUUCUGAAGCUAAGGGAGACAAUAAGUAAGGCUGAUUCGAGGUAUGUCGGAAGGCUGGAAAACGGAGACGAGUUUCUGACAUACUAUUCUGAGAACGAGGAGAAUGAUCCGACAUUUAGGGAUGGAUCGAAAACCCUAGAAAUCUGCAGUUUUACGAGCUGGCACAGGCUUCCGGGGUACGAGGUGGAUUACGGAUGGGGGAAGCCUGCGUGGGUUUCGAUAAUGGAGGUGCCAUUGAAGAACUUGAUAUUCUUACUGGGGACGAAAAGUGGGGAUGGGAUUGAAGCUUGGGUGAACAUGCGGGAAGAAGACAUGGCCGCCAUUAAGACACACUACGAUCUUCUUCAGACAGUUGAAGAUAUGGAAAAGCACAAGAAUUUUAAUUUAAGUGUUAAUUAAAUUAAACCUGAAAUUAAUUGAGGUCUUCCAAAUUGAUUUGUUAAGUUUACUUUUGAUAACUUUUACUAUUUUGUAUUUAUAAAUGCUUUAUAUUAUAUUUAAAUUAAAAAUUAGAGAAUAAAAUGUAAGAAAGCACAAGUAGGCAAAUUUUAUUAAAUGUAAAAUUUAGAAUUCAGUACUAAAGUAAAGAG